GCAAAUUUCAAAAUUAAUUUUGUGCUAUUAAAUUUUUCGAAAAUUCGUUCUUUAAUUUUAUUCUAUGUUUUCAGUUUCUUUUUUCAAACGUAAAAUCACAAUCUUUUCAAUUAUACUUAUUUUGAAAGAUUCUGUAAGAUCGUCUAGUUGAAUGUCUGCUUUUCUCGAUGUCGCCAAGUCUCAAAACUUCUAAUUCUCUAUUGAGAAGACACAUAAGGAAGUAAAUUGAAUACGUCUCCGGCAAGAAUGGCUUGUAACGAAUGAAUUCAAUCGGUCAAUUGAAGUAGUAUACCUAGUAACUCAAACCUGAUUUUAACUAUAAAUAUUGUUCUAUGAAAACAUCUAGAUAGACAGUUGAUGUUGUCGAACCCUUAGAAAUGUCAAUAUCCUAAUCCUGUCUUACAGAAAACACGUCGGGCAACAGUUAAAUAUUUAUUCGUUUUUGAAUAGAGCAGCUUCUAACAAAUGUUGUAUAGUGCAGCUUAUUUAAUAUGUAAAUAGGUGUGCCUAGCUCAGACUUUAUUUCGCACAGAAAGAGUAUUAACCGUCUCGAAGGUGAUUGCUGCUAUCGAAGACUUCGGAAUUUUAAUGUCCUAAUUCCUUCCUAAGAAGCUGCGCAAGAAAUGCACUUGAAUAGUUAUCUGUCUCUGGACAGAACAGCUCUUAAGGAAUGAAUCCAAUCAGCCAAAUGAAAUAGUGCGCCUAACUCAGAGCUGGUUUCGUAUAUAAAUAGUACUCUAUCCGAACAAGUAUCUUAAUGAUUCCUGUCAGCGAGGUCUUCUGAUCUUAAAUCUCUUAAUUCGGAGAAGACCACACUUGAGGAAUAGGUAACGAGACAACUCUCUUUUGGAUUAAUUAAUUACAAGUUGCUCUGCCCAAUCAGCAGAUCGAUGCAGUGUGCAUAACCCACUCUCCUAAGUUAACAGAGUAAUAGAUAUAGUUGAUUCAAAGUUGCCUCGAUUUGAUAAUAAACUGUAAUAGUAAUGUCAGAAAAUCCAGUUAAAUUGUCAUCUACAUUUUUUUAAUUUAAUUUCUCCAGACUCGCACUCAUUACUCUUGAAGAUACAUGUUCAAUAAUAGAAUAAAUGGUAAUAAAAAUAUAAAUUAUUUGAAACUGGUUCGUAUCAAAGACGACAGAGGAUUAAAUCACCUAAUUUUCCCUUAAGAAGACGUAAGGAAUGAACUUGAACAGUUUCUUGUUUUUCGACAGAGAAGUCUUUGACUACUGAAUCCAACUAACCAAUUCGCAUAGUAUACGUACCAUCGAUCAGAUACAAUAUGUGUAAAUGCCUGAACCUGACUCACACUUGAAUUAGCAUAGAAAUAGUAUUGUUAAGCUAACGCUGAAAGAUAUAGCUGAAUACUUCUUGCCAUGUCUUCAGAGCUUAAAUAUCCCAAUUCCCUUUCAAGAAGACAUUCAAGAAGUGUAUUUUAACAGUCAUACGUGUAUCUGAGCUUGAUCCACUAAUUGACACGUGACCCAGGUCUGAAUUAUCAUAGAAAUAGUACACUUAACCCAGGCCUUAUUUAGGGUUCCAAUAGAAUUCUGUUAGAAAAUUUACCUGUCUGCCAUUUAAGUUUGGAAGGUACCCACAGAAAUGCAUUCGAAGUGUUAGAUUCGCCUAUAAUUUAUCUCUCUAUUACUCUACUCACUUCGAUACUUAACAAAUCGAUCCCUACAGUGAACUGAUACAGUAUGCUUAACACGAACCUAAUUUAAUAUAUAAAUAGAUAACCCUAACUUGAAUUAACAUAGAAAUAGUACGCCUGACCUAGACCUGGAUUAACAUAGAAAUAGUGUACUUAACCUAGCUAUCUGAUGUAAUAUAACAUAAAACAGUACUCAGUAGAUCAAUAGAGGAUAGAUCUUUUGAUGCAGGCUAAAGUUCCAAUUUCCUUUUCAAAACACAUUCGAGAAAUGUAACGGUUAGGGAACUUAACGUCACUCGAACAGCUAUAUCAGGUACACGAAUGUUUAACGAAUCAAGUGCAUCGGCCGGUUGAUACAGUAUGCCUAACAUAUACCUGAUGCAACACAUAAAUAGGUAUUCGUGACCCAGACCUGGAUUAACAUAGAAAUAGCAUACUUAACCCAGCCCUGGCGUAAUAUAUAAAACGGUGAAGAAUACUUCUUACCACAGAAGCUUUCGAAAUAUAAAUCUUCCAAUUCCCUUUUAGGAAGACACCCGAGACACGUAACGGUCGCGUGGGACACAUGAGUAUUUAACAAAUCACUCCCAUUGGCUAAUUAAUUCAGUGUGACUAACAGUUACCUGACUCGGUACACACAUAGGAUUUCCUGAACUAACAUUGAAUGAGUAUAUUGAACCCAGCCCUGACGUAAUACAUAAAACAGUGUUUCGUCAGAAGAUUUAGCUGUAUGCUGACUACUAUCGACGCUCUCCAGGUAUAAAUCUCUCAAUCUCCUUUUAGGAAGACACCCAAGACACUUCAGACACCUGAGACACCCAAGAAAUGUAACGGUUACAGAAUUUAACGUCACGCGAACAGUUACGAUCUUCUCGAGACUCAAGAGUAUGUACUUAAUAAAUCACUCCACGGACUAAUUAAUUCAAUAUCCCUGAUACAAACUCAAUUCAAUGCGUAAAUAAAAAUUCCUGGCUCUGACUUGAAGUAACAUAAUAAUAUUAGGUCAUCCCACAAGUUCGUACCGCAGAUCGUGUUUAAUAGAAAAGAAAAUACAGAAAUUUUAUAGCGAUGGUAUAAUGACUUUAUGGUUACACUUUUUCACGUAUUUAAAGUAUAUUUCACCAGUGCAUACUUGUAUUUUUUUUUUUUUUUUUAAUCACAUAACGAUAAUAACGCACAUACUAUACCACACAUUUGUUAAAAAUGGCAAGUGUCCGCAUACUUUUGUAUGGCAGUGUACAUGAACCAGAAUUCCCUUUAGCCGAAUGCCUGCUGGCAUCGGAGUUCCCGAAAUAUAAAUCUCCCAAUCCUCCUUUAAGAAGGCACCCAAGACAUCCGAGACGGGGAAUCACUCCCGAAUAUAACGUCACCCCAGACCAGUUACAUCCGUCCAAGUGGACACACGAGCGUAUUGCAGGAACGAAUCCCGAUCGGACAAUUGACAGCGGUCGUUUUCCUGUUGCAGAUAAACGUCCAGGGACAGGUGGAGCGGAAUGAUGACGAGAGAGUUCAUCGCGACGUUUCUGCUGGUGCAGGCUAUCGCGAGGCUCGGUCACGUGGCAGCCGCGGAUGCCACGCACGCGGCUGACCAGCCGGCCUCUGCGGUCCCGUCGGGACUUUCUGGGCCGGAUUACACGGGGCCAUCCGCCGGUUCCGACGAGUGCGACCCAGAAAUGGUCGGCUUCGAGCUGGUGACCGGUUAUGUGUUCACCGCGCCAACGAACAUGCUCGAGUCCAUACCAGGAACUCUGAUGCUCACCGACUGCCUCGAGAUCUGUCAGGCGAACGACUCCUGCCAGGCGGUGAACUACGAGACGGGCCUGUGCGUGCUGUUCAGCUCGAACGCCGACAGCAACCCAGGUGCCCUUUCGCAGUCCCAGUUUCCGGUGUUCACGAUCUACGCCCAGAAGAGUUGCCUGGCGGUGAAGCCUUGCGAGCGAGCCUGGUGCAUCGACAGGGUUCAGGGGCACAGGCUCCAGAGCCACACGCGCAGAUCUAUGACCGCCUCCUCGCGACAGCACUGCCUGGAGCUCUGUUUAGGCGAGAGGGACUUCCUGUGCCGAUCCGCCAACUAUGCGAACGCGACGAAGCAGUGCGAGCUUUCGGACAUGGACCGUCUAACUGUCGCGGGUUCCAACGCUUUCCAAUCAGCUAAAGGCUUCGAUUAUCUAGAGAAUCAUUGCGUGGACGAGCCAGUCAAGCUCUGCGAAUUCAAGAAACUUGCAGGUCGCAUUCUCAAGACCGUAGAUUCUGUCUACCAAGAUGUUGGAACUGCUGAGGAGUGCCGCGAGCUCUGUCUUAAUUCUCCGUUCCGUUGCCAUUCGUACGAUUAUGGUGACACUGGCGACAUGGUCUGCCGUCUCAGUCAUCACUCCAGAGCCACCCUCUCCGACAUUCAGGAACCGUAUCUCGACGUGCCAGAGGGCUCAACCUACGAGCUGAGCUCCUGUUACAACGUCACCAUCGACUGUCGCGCCGGUGACAUGGUUACGAGGAUCCAAACCAGCAAGCUCUUCUACGGCAAGGUAUACGUGAAGGGUUCGCCCAACUCGUGUGUACAGGACGUGAAAGGUGCCUUGGAAUUUGAGCUCCGCAUGGCCUACGACGAUUUGGAGUGCAACAUCAGACAACAGGGUCUGGGUCGUUACCUGAACGACGUCGUGAUCCAACACCACGACACGAUCGUCACCAGUUCCGAUCUCGGGCUGGCCGUCGCCUGCCAAUACGAUCUGACAAACAAAACAGUGUCGAACGAAGUCGAUCUCGGCGUGCACGGUGACAUAACUCCCGCCUUGUCGGAGGAAGUGAUCGUCGACUCGCCCAACGUCGCCAUGAAGAUCACCGAUCGCAGUGGAAGCGACGCGAUCCCGUCGGCCGAAGUCGGGGAUCCGUUGGCGCUCAAGUUCGAGAUCCUCGACCCGAACAGUCCCUACGAGAUCUUCGUGCGAGAGCUGGUAGCCAUGGACGGCGUGGACUCUAGCGAGAUAGUCUUAAUUGACUCGGACGGUUGCCCCACCGAUCAUGUCAUCAUGGGACCUCUCUACAAGUCGGCUACCACCGGCAAGAUUCUACUUUCCCACUUCGACGCCUUCAAAUUCCCCAGUUCCGAGGUAGUGCAAUUCCGCGCUCUGGUGACACCUUGCAUGCCCACCUGCGAGCCAGUCCAGUGCGACCAGGAAGAAGCCACCGGCGAGCUGCGAUCCGUGAUUUCCUUCGGUAAACGUCGUCGUCGUCGCUCGACCAGUCCCUCUUCCCAGAACCGCGAGGACCUGCUGCUGGUGCAAUCCAUCCAGAUCACCGACAAAUUCGGCUUCGAGCACGACGGCAAGGCGUCGAACGCCAGCUCGGCCACUAGAGACACCGUUUUCGUCGAGAGCGAGGACAUAUCGUCCACGAUGGGUGUUUGCAUCAACCUAGGCGAGGCAAUCGUCGCAGGCACCGUCUUCCUCGUCGCCCAGAUCGCCAUAAUCGCGGCGUGGACCAUCACCUGGCAGAGACGUCGACAGAUGCUCAAGCAUCAAGAAGCCCUCUCCGUCUCGGUUUCCGUUCCUGGAAUGCAUUCCGUUCCGGGGCGCACAGACAGCCUCUGUAAGUUGUACGACGCCGGAUAUUCAGCGCGCCGUUUUUGAAUAGCCUUCGUUUCCUGUACCCCUCCGUCCCUCGAUCUCGUCUUCCUACCAGGGUUGCAACCCCUCGGCUGAC